UCCGUCGCGGUGGGUGUUUCCGCAUUCCGCAAAGAGCUGACGGAGGAAGCGCAAAUCGGAGAGGGGUCCGUGGCGUCUGUGAAGAAAGCCACCUCCAGUCAUUCCCAGAGGAAUAGCGGUCCAUCGCCAGGGAGCAGGGAUGCCUUACAUGUUCAUCAGUACGCAGAUCCGACUGGAGACCGGUCCAACAAAUGUGGGAGAUGAAUAUUCGGAUCCAGCUGUCAUGAAUUACCUGGGAGCAAGGAAAACAACCAUGCUGGGAAACAAUUUUUCCGAGUACCAUGUGGACGACCCGCCUCGCCUUGUGCUGGACAAGCUGGAGAAGAUGGGCUUCCGCGUGCUGACGAUGACGGGGGUGGGACAGACGCUGGUGUGGUGCCUCCACAAGGAGACGGAGUGAUUGGACAUGGAGCGAGUGUUGAUUUUACCAAAAACCUAUAGAAGGAUGAAUGUAAAGAACUUUGUCAAACUUUUAUUUUUUUACAUUCAACACAUUUGACAGAUACAAAAUCAGCCUUUUGUCAGGUGAAAGUAAAGAGAUGAGAUUAUCCCAGACGACAGGUCAUCAAUUUCAGGGGAAUACCGAACUACAUUCCAUUGAUUUUAUAAAAGCCUUUGUCCAUAUUGUUUGCUAUUUACUACUUGUGACCUUGGGAGUGUAGCGAGUGAGGGCCAGUUUAACUAUGUAAUAGAUAGAUUGGCAGUAAAACUUAAUUAAAGGCAUGUAUCUAAAUUUAGCUUGUGCAAAAGACCUCACCCAGUUCUCCGUCUUCUGUCCAAAAAAUAAAACGCUACUCUAGAUAGAGGUUUGAACUUACAGAACUGUGUAAAGAUGUUUUUGUAAGUGUAUCAUAUGCUUAUGAUUAAAUGAUGUAAUGAUGUGGAUUGAUUGUAAACUUAUGAAUAAAAGAACAUUUGCAAUCCUGCUGCAACGGAUAUA